CGGCGAUGUCGCCAUGAGAUUUGCCCACCGUGAACGCAAGCAAGCUGACUUUUCAAAAGCCAAACUGCUCACUUCCUGACGACCGUGAUAUUUUGAGGAAUACCGAGCACCGGAGCCAAUGCUUUGGCGGUCUCUUCGGCGAGUGAGAUCCUCCAGCUUGACGGACGCGUGUAACAAUCCGCGCAGCAAAUACAACGGCGAGUCUGCAAAACUGAACAGCUCAGCGGGACUUCACCGCGAUGGCAAGGAAGUGUGAUGGUCGAGUGCGGCCAAGAUAAAUGCCGCCUUUGGAGGCAGGCAUUGUGAGAUCCAUCUCCUCCAGACCAUCCAUUUUGACACUGCGAUGCUCCGACUCAGCCUCUUCGUCGCCGUUGUCACGGCCAGCUUCGCCGUCUCACAAGCCAACGGCACGGUCAUCACGACCAAAAACAAGUGCAACUUCACCGUCUGGCCGGGUAUCUUCUCUGGCGGCGAAGCCAAAGCCAUGGACCUUGGCGGGCAGGGCGGCUAUGAGCUCCCUGCCGGCGUCAGCAAGAGCUUUCCAGUGCCAGACAACUGGUCCGCCGGCCGUAUCUGGGGACGCACAGGGUGUGACUUCUCCAAGCCGGCCCUGGAAGCAUGCAACACCGGGUCGUGCAUUGGUGGCUUGGCAUGCACCCAGCCUGGACUGGAGCCCGUCACUUUGGCCGAAUUCACGCUCGUCCCGGGUGGACAAGACAACUACGACCUCAGCCUUGUUGAUGGUUUCAAUCUUCCCUUAGCUAUCCAGCCUUCGGCGGUCGGCUGCCCUGCUCCUGUCUGUAGCAAGGACAUCAACGCUGAUUGCCCCGCCGAUCUAGACAUUCAAGGCUCCAACGGGGUCGUCGUUGCGUGCAAAUCAUCGUGCCUCGCCACGAGCAGUCACGAGUUCUGCUGCACGGGCGCACAUAGUACGCCGGACACUUGCUCGCCCAAGGGCAACCCGAGCUACGAGGUCUUCAAGAGGAAUUGCCCCGAUGCUUAUGCAUAUGCCUACGACGAGGGCUCCGGGUGUCUCAAGACUUGCAGGCGCGAGGGCACUGCGCCCGACUACACUGUCGUCUUCUGCCCAUGAGGAGCGGCAGAGAUCAAUCUCUAUCAU